GAGAAGGAGUGAGCAAACACGCAGCAGAGGCAGAAGCGUAAAAUUAGCUCCGCACGACUUGUCAGGAAGUUGAGAAAUUGAUUUUCUAUCGCUAACUAAAGCGUGUCCCUGUGCGGCGGAAUGAACGCACUCUCUCCUUAAUGAGGCGGGGUAUCUGCUCUGGACGCUGGCGGUUCGCUUGAUUGGGUUAACAUGGGUAUGAAUGGCGGGGUUUUAUCUUAAUUUGCGUUGCCACAAAGUAAGGUGUUAUUAUUAUUUUUUUUAGCUAAUUAAGCUUGAGUGCGGUAACAGUACUUUCCUUUGUAUUUCACCCUCUCUGGAUCCUGUUAUCAUGACGCCCGACCUCCUGAACUUCAAAAAGGGAUGGAUGUCAAAACUGGACGAGAGUGGGGAGUGGAAGAAGCAUUGGUUUGUGCUGACUGAUGCAGGACUGAAGUACUACAGAGACUCUGCUGCAGAGGAGAAAGAUGACUCGGAUGGGGAGAUUGACCUGAAAUCCUGUGUCAAUGUGUCAGAGUUUGAUGUGGAGAAGAACUAUGGGUUUCAGAUAAAGACACGGGAGGCUGUAUUCACACUGUCUGCCAUGACGGCUGGGAUCAGGCGGAACUGGAUAGAGUUUUUAAAGAAGUGUAUCUGGCCCAGCAGCUCUCCAGACAUCACACAAUUGCCUGACAGUGAUAAGGAAAACGCCCAUGAUCGCUUUUUGCCGUCUUCUCGUCGGGGAACAUCGCGUCAUGGUGAAGCUCAGUCAGAGGUUCCGACCUCUGCCCCACCUUCUCAUCGUAGGUUUGACUAUGUUGAGCUAUCCCCUGUUCCUGCCUCGUCCAGCCCUCUUCUUGCCAGUCAGAGAGAAGCAGGAGAGGGGCAGGGGAGAGAGCACAACCAGUGGCAGGAGGAGAGGAACACAAGCAGCCAGUGGGAGGCCGUGCUGUCCAGGAAGGGCGGCGGAUCAAACCAGAGGCUACGCAUGGAGGAAGAAAUUGAGAAGAAGUGGGCCGAGUUUGAACAGAUGCCCUUAAAAGAGAUGAGCUCCUUACAGUUUAUGGGAUCACGGCCUUCCAGCCAAACAGCCAAUGAGGCGCUGCAGAGGGAGGUGGCGUCACUGAGGCAUCAGCUGGAGCAACUACAGCGGAAAGGAGGGGAAGGCGGUGGAGGAGGUGUGCGGAUUGGCUGUGGCCCUGAGGCACCCUGCAGCCGCAGCCUGUUGGCCAUGGAGCGCGCUCAUCAGCAGGCCCUGGAAGAGCUCCGGAGGCAGUACGACCGCCAGAUCAAGGAGCUGGAGGCCGAGAAGGACAGGCUGCUGCUGGAGGACGCCCAGGACACAGCACGAGUGAUGGAGGCUUUGAAGAAGAAGCACAAAGAGGAGCUGGAAAGAGAAGUGGAGAAAAUCAAGAGGCUGAGCAGCGGCGCGCUCGACUCGCAGACUCUGCGAGCCCAGCAGCAGGCAGAAGCUCAGGCCUUGCAGAGAGAGCUGGCUGGACUGUCUGAACGCUACUCUCAGAAGUGUCUGGAGCUAAACAGAGCGGAGCAGAACAAUGCUGAGAGAGAACGGGAAAUCAGCCGCAAGGAGAGAGACAUGGAGCACCUGAGGAAGGAGAACCAGGACUUAAAGGCCCGUUUGACAGAGGAGAUGAAGCGUAUACAAUCUGCCAUCAGAGAUCACAGCUCAGAAGGCAACAAAGACAGGAUGCCCUGUGAGCUAGAGGUUCUUCUCAGGGUGAAAGACAACGAGAUACAGUACUUACAAAAAGAGAUCAGCUGUCUAAGGAACGAGCUACAGUUUCUUAACAUGGAAAAACAGCUGGCCUGUAAACGAUACACCGAGAUGCACGAGGAGCUGAGUGGGAUGAAGGGCCGAAAUGAGCGAGAGAUUCAGAGUCUAAAGGAGCACUUGAAGCUGGCUAUGGCUGCUCUGCAGGAGGGGCAAAAGCUGGGGAACAGCCUGGACCACUGAGAGAACGCUUCUGGUACUAAAGCUCUGGCAGACAGUGACAGAUGUGGACUGAUAUUCAACAAUAACCAUCCUUUUUUUUUUUUUUUUUUCUUUCAUUUUGUUUUCAGGAGAAAGAAAGGAUGGUUACCUGUUUUGGUUGCACAGUUUCAGCUGUGUGGAGAUUUUGCCUUAGUUUUCAAUCAAUCUGCCAAUGAGAGCGCAGGAGAGAGGUUUGCCUUCAUUGCUUUCUGUUAGAAAGGUUUUCUAAUGUGUGGUUACAGUUGUGAGAGUGUAUUUUAACCUGAAGUAUAACCCCGUUCCCAAGUAGAUUUAUUUAACCAAGUAUCCAACCAUGCAUAAAACUGUGACUAAAAUCUGAAAAUAAUAUUUAAAAAAGUAAACAAAAUCUACAGUCAAAUCACAUCUGUCCUUGAACCCCAGUCGCCUGUUUGAUCUAUUAAUUUAGUACAACCUGCUACCUCUUUGGACUUUGUUACUACUUAUACCGUGUCACCGAAGCUUCAUAAAGGUCAGAAAGCUCUGAAGACAAACUUCUCCCGCUAGCCUAAAGAGCAGCAUAGAGUAGCCGUUAGCCGGUUACGUUACACUGGGCCACAUAUAAUGUAUAAAACUGCACUUUUAAUGUUUUUUUUAUUUGGCUUUUGCAUUUUUGAGUGCAAGCAGAGUGUGUAUGAGUGCGCAUUGGUCUGAAAAACUGGAAAAUUUUUGAGUAACAUUUAUUUUGUUAUUUUUUAUGUAUUAUUUUUGUAGAUAGUUUUUUUUUUUUUUUUUUUUUUUUUGAUGAGUAUUCUUCUCAUUGCCUCUGUGUGUUGCCUGAGAGGGCAAAGGUCAGAAGAACUGCUGUCAUCUUAGAUUUCUGUAUUACAGCUUUUGAGUCAUGUUUACUUUGUGAAAGUGGCACACAGUUCUUAAGAAAUGGCAAUUUAUUAGUGGGUUUUUUUUGGUUUUUUUUAACUUGGAAGCUUUUGUGCUGAUGUUCUGUUGCAUUUGCGAAUAGAAAAUUCAUAAAAAGUUCUGUUGGGAUUAAAACAGGACAAGACAGCAUCAUUUUUAAUUCCUGGCGAGCUGGAUUGGAAGUUGAUUGGAAGCAAAUUCAGGCUCAGCUUCCUUUAGGAGUGCAUUUAAAAGCUGUUGAAUGAAUGUUGUCCCAUAUCACAGACGUCUCUAAGCCAUGGCUGAGCCUUCAGCCUCUCCUGAUCAUCAUUAGCACACGGUGUGCAGCCACCACAGCAGCAAAUAACAGGUGUUGCAUCAAUGAGCCAGUCUUUUUUUAAAUUGACGGUAUGUAUUGCGAUAAAAGAAUUAUCGCUUUUGAAAACGUGUUCAUAUUUAAUGUACUGUAAAGUUUGUCAUCUUUGUAAAUUAUACACAUUUUUGCAAUCAAUAAAAGAAUUUCAACAGCA